AAAUUCGAAAUGGUUGUGUACGACUGCUUAACUGACGAAGACUUUUUGCAAAAAUCGGAACACGGAAUCGGAAAAAAGGCAAUCUACUACUUUUACGGAGAGCGUUGCCCGUCAUGCGAGAGUAUCAAACCACUAUUCGAUGAUUUGUGUAAAAAGUACGAGAAGACCGCAUUGGUCUACACGUAUCCGUGCUAUAAUGAUGAUCAGUUAACUGGAGAUGCGUUCGCUGUAAACGCGGUGCCAACGUUUGUCGUGAUGAAUAAUGGAGAAGAAGUGACUCGACACGUCGGAGCAGAAGCUGAGAAAGUUCAAGAAUUGUUCGAGAAAUACGCUGUAUAAUUUUGGUUUUUUUCUGAGUCUAACCGAUUUGUGAUUGAAAUUCAAUCUGAAAUAAAACAAU